UUUUAAAAACCGGACCGGACCGGCCGGUCGAACCGGUUCGACCGCGACUCGUUUAGUAAGCCGAGUCCGGUUCGAUUCAAAACCCGGAUUUCAUAAAACUCGGGCAACUCGGCUCAAAACCGGUGGAACCGGUGACCCGGGUUGACGUUAGAACCCGGUUUGUUAUUUUUGACACAUUUUAAAUUGUAAUUAGGGUUUUAUAUCAGGCUAAUCCUGGAUAAUAACUUAAGUUAAUAAUAGUAAUACUUAACAGCCGUCAUUUUUUAAUAAUUCUCGAGAAAAAAAAGAAACCUAAACGUCUUCUCGUCGUCUCUCACUGUCGUACACCAUUCUCCAUCUGAAUUUUUCUUUGCCACAAGAUUUGGAACUGCACUUGUAAGAAAAAGUAAGUAACGUGAUUCUCUUUUGUUGUUCGAAAUUUGAUAUAACAUAUAAAUAUAUUAUUUUUUUGUUAUUUUUACUAGUUAAUGGAGGGGAAUCAUUCAGAACCAGAUUUAGGCGUACCUUCUUCUCAACGUUCAGUUCGUCGUAAAGAUGACAUAGCUUGGAGAUAUAUAACAGAACGGACUGAGCAGAAUGGGAAGAAAACUUUGAUUUGUGACUUCUGUCAGAAAGAGAGCGGAGGUGGAGGCAUUAACAGAAUGAAACAACAUUUAGCUGGGAUAAGAGGAAACAUAGAUUCAUGUACCAAAGUUUCUGCAGAAGUUCAGUUUCAGAUGAAGCAAUCAUUGAAAGAAAAUGAAGACAAAAAUAAGGAAAAGAGAGGCAUACCACUUGAUGAUAUAAACAUUGUUGCUGAUAUGAAUGCUGAUGGACAAGGCAUUCAUUCUCAGCCAUCUGUUACUCAAACCAAAAAGAGAAACAGAGGUGGAGAUUUACAUGGGUUUUUUAAAACAGGCCUGAGUGAUCCUACUCAACCAAGUAUAAAGGCAUCUAUACAAAGCAAGGAGAAGGUGCAUGAUGCUGAUAUGGCUGUUGCUUUAUGGUUUUAUGAUGCUUGCAUUCCCAUGAACGCUGUGAACUCUCCAUUCUUUCCAGUUAUGUUAAGCAAAGCUGCUAGUUUAGGACAUGGAUAUACUGGUCCUUCGUAUCAUGCUUUGAGGGUUGGGUUAUUAAGAGAUGCAAAAAAACAUGUAUCUUUGAUCGUUGAAUCAUUUAGAAGCACGUGGGCUAGCACCGGCUGUACCUUGAUGGGAGAUGGAUGGAAAGACACUAGAAAAAGACCACUGAUCAAUUUUUUAGUGUACUGUCCAAAAGGAGUUACGUUCAUCAAGUCGGUUGAUGCAUCUGAUGUAUACACAAAUGCAGAGAAUUUGUGUAAUUUAUUUGCUGAGAUGGUGGAAAUGGUUGGCUCUGAAAAUGUGGUUCAUUUAGUGACUGAUAAUGCGCCUAACUACAAGGCUUCAGGUAGACUACUUGCGGAGAGAUAUCCAAAUAUUUCUUGGUCUCCAUGUGCAGCUCAUUGCAUGAAUUUAAUAUUGGAGGAUGUGGGAAACAUGCCUAAUGUUAAAGAGUUAGUUUCUGCUGUAUCAAAGGUAACUAUCUUUGUCUACAAUCAUAAGUCAACUUUAAAUUUUUUGAGGAAGAGGCAAGGUUGGAGGGAAAUCAUUCGUCCAGGAGAAACCCGAUUUGCUACCACUUUUAUAGCCCUUCAGAGUGCAUAUGCACAUAAAGAUGACUUACAAGCUUUGGUAGUAGAUCAAGAGUUCAGACAGUUUCUGAAAACAGAGAAAGCAAGAUGUGUCAAGGCUGUUGUUUUGGAUGAAAACAUGUGGGCGCAUUGUUUGUUGAUCGUAAGGAUUAUGGCUCCAAUGAUACGCUUGUUGCGUGUUUGUGAUACUGAUGAGAAGCCAUCAUUACCAUAUGUCUAUGAAGGAAUGUAUCGAGCACGUUUAGGCAUCAAGAAGAUAUUUGGAAAAAAGAAGGAAUUGUAUAAGCCUUAUACAAGGAUCAUAAAGAACAGGUGGGAUAGAAUGUUGCGCCAUGAUCUUCAUGCUGCAGCAUACUUCUUCAAUCCAGCUUUCAUGUAUGAUCAAAAGAACUUUUCAAAAAAGCCUGAGAUAUUGAAAGGGAUGUUAAAUUUGAUGGAAAAACAAAAAGGGUCUGACAGAACAAAGAUCUUUGAGGGGAUGACAAUGUAUAGAGAACGUGAGAAAAGCUUCUCACAUUCAUCAGCUUUAAGUUGUUCGAAAACCACUCGUCCUGAUGAGUGGUGGAAGUUCUUUGGAUAUGAUGUUCCUGUUUUGCAGAAGCUAGCAAUUCGAAUUCUUAGCCAAACUGCAUCUUCAUCGGGCUGUGAACGUAAUUGGUCUGUGUUUGAAAGAAUUCACACAAAAAGGAGGAAUAGAUUGGAACAUCAAAGACUCAAUGAUCUUGUCUACGUUCAUUACAAUUUGCGCCUGCAAGAUAGGUUCUCAAAAAGAAAGAGGUCAUAUGAUCCAAUUGAUUAUGAGUCCAUUGAUAAAACUGAGUUCUGGGUAGUAGAAGAAAGUGGAGAAGCUGAACUAGAUUAUGAUGAACUUGAGAAUGCACUUACUGAAGAAAACCCAAAAGAUGGAGAAGAUGCAACUUCUGAAACCUUGAACUUGAACGGUAGAUACAUCUUCUUUUAUACGACAUGUUUUUUUUGGCUAUGAUGUCUAUUAUUUAACUCAUGCAUUUUUCAUAUUUUUUUCUUGUUUUAGAAGGUACCGAAGAUGAAGUGCCAUUCUCUCAAGAUGAUACAACUGAAUAAAUUUGAGAUAUUCUAUCAUUCUCCAACAGAUUUUUUUUUGUCAUGUUUUCAUUUAGUUCAUUACAUUAAAUAUUCAGUUACUAUUUAUCUAUUUUAUGAUGCUAUUUUAGAUAAUAUUCAUCAGACAUUUUUACAUUUUUAUAUAUGAUUAAUUAUAUAAUAUAUAUUUAUAUAUUAAAUAUAUAAAUAUAUUUAAUAAAUAAAAACCCGGUUCGACCGGUUGAACCGGUUCGACCAAUCAACCAGUGAAUACGCCGAGUCGGUGUCCGGUCCGGUUUUUAAAACAUUGGCAAAAGCCGAUUUAUUUAUAAAAUUAUUUCAUUUUACUUUGAAGUUUGAAAUCUUAUUCUUGGGAUUUUAAAUUUUUAAUUAUAGAUGAAGGAUAUAAAUUCACCAUAAGAGGGAAAAUAGACAUAGCUAAAUUUUUCUGUUAUUAUCAACUUGUAUUUUGGUAGAAAAAUUCAACCAUUUCGAGAUAAGACAAAGAUACUAAUAGCGACUUUUUUUGUGGUAAAUUACCACUUUUCAGUAAAAGAUGAGUAUUCAGAGGUUCCGAUUUUUUUUUUUUUGGUGUUUUUUAAUGAAUAAUGUACUUUUCAAGAGAUGUAAAUAUGAUUGUUAUGGGUACCGUGAAGGAACUAAUCUUUUAUGGUGUUUAUCAAUGCCUCUUUGUCGUCUUUGAGCUCGUCUUAAUGAAUUUGAAGAUUCAAUGUUAUUUGCGAUAUAAUAUAUAUGACACAUGCAUUAAGUAGCACAAAACCGCCAUUGAUGUGUAAUCUAUAGUGACAAAUACUCUCUCCGUUCCUAAAAUAUCCAUGUUUUAGAAAAAAAAAUUUGUUUAAAAAAAAAUACAUUUUUCAUAUUUUCAUGAAUUAAAUGUAAAUUGUAAACUUCAAAAAACAUAAUUUUAUUUAUUAAAUUUCUAUUAGUGAAAACUUGUAGAAAAUAGUUGAUACGGAAAAUAAUGUAUUAGUAACUAAAAUUUGAUAUUUUUUUUAAUAAGUGUAAAAAUUCUAAAAUAUGGAGUUUUUAGAAACGGGAGGAAGUAUAAAACUUAUUACUAGUAGCUAGAACCAGCAAAAAAAGUUAUCAAAUUAUUCAAUUAUAAGAAAACAUAAUAAACAUGUAAACUAUGCAGAUGGACUCAUUAAUUCCAAAUGUCAUCAAAACCCCAAAAGGAAUAUGUGAUUUGUUCUUCAUACUAUUCACACACUAUACAAAGUAAUAUGAAAUUCAAAAGCAUAUAUACUUCUACAUCAAAUAGUCUUUUUUUUCUUAGCACAUACCAACUCCUAAACCUCAUCAUCACUUCCUUCCGGUCCAUGGAGUAUCUUCCUACAUUUUGUUUGCUUGUUUGUUGUUUGUAUAUAUCAAUGAAACCAUGAUUUAACAAAGAAAAAUAUCACAUUACCUCAUAGCCCAGUAAGUAGUUGGACCACCCUCAUCAACUUGGCUUAUCUGUGAGAAAAAAACCACAAAAACAUGAACACACACACGUCUUCUUACGUUGUUUUGGUGGAAUCGAGUCUUGCAGGUCUUUUCUUACGUUAUGUAUGCCAAUGAUAUUAGCACAACCGACACAAAAGAUAUUUUGCAAAGCAGAAUAGAACGUGUUUUCAGCCGGAAAUGUAUUGAAGCUGCCACCAAAAUUAAGGAUAUAUAUAUAUAUUGGUUAAAAUUCUCAAGCAAUAUGAAACUAGGGAAGCAUAUAUACUUACAGUCUACUGAAGUCAUAUAUGAUGUCAUUGUCAUGGAUGUCAAAAACUUCCUGAAAAGAAAACAUCAUCAUGUCAAAAUGCAGUGUCAAGUUAAAGAUGAAUAUAAGUUUAUAAAACCUCGAUCUCUUUAGAGAUGAUAUCACUGGGGACUCCGAUGUGUGUGUGGCACUCUAUGCAUGUAUAGGCGGGUCCCUCGAGUUCUAUCACGAACACUCUUCCCAUUU